GGUUGGUGUAGUAGGUGCAUUGUGAUAUCCCUAGUUACAGCAGUUUUCUUUAUAAUUUUUGAAUAUAAGUUGUUCUAUAUGACAGAUGAAAAUGCUCUAUCUGAAAACCGGAUACAAAUGUUAAUGUCGAAACCGAAGACAUUUAAAGUUAAGCAUAAAAUAUGUCCAAUGUUUGAAUGCGGAACAUGUGGAAUUGGCAAUGCAAUAUUUCAGUUCGCUUCAGCUUUUGGUAUAGCCCUCCAUCUCAACAUGACACUCGUUAUUACAGAAAAUGACCUCUUUAACACAAUAUUUGAUAUCAAGGACAAGAAUAUACAAAAACAUAACAGCAGACAUAUUUGUGAUAAAAUGCCGAUUAUAACAGAGAAGUUUGGGUGUUGUGCUUACGACAGCAAAUUCAGGGAACUUAAUUCAUCACGUGAUUAUAGACUUAGACAUUAUUUGCAUUCUUGGAAGUAUUUCCAUGGAUACGAAGACAGGAUAAGAAAAGUGUUGGUGUUUAAACGUCAUCUACUUACUUAUUCAGAAAACGUAAUCAAGAAUUUGAUAUCAAAACACGGAUUUCAUUCAAGAUCAGAUACCAUAACUGUAGGUAUACAUGUUCGUCGCGGCGAUAUGGUUAAAAAGUUUCAACGCGGUUACAAUGUUCCUACGAAAAAUUAUUUUGCCAGCGCUAUUCGUUAUAUGUCUUCGAAAUUUAAUAAAACAAUUUUAUUUAUUAUUGCUUCCAACGAUAAAGAAUGGACAUCAAAGAAUGUUAUUUCAAACAAAGACUUGAAAAAUUACAAGAUUGAAUUGCUGACUAAUAAUAAACCAGAAGUAGAUUUCACGAUUCUUUCAAAUUGUAAUCACGUGAUAACAUCCGUUGGAACUUUCGGUUGGUGGAUGGGAUGGAUAGCAAAUGGAUUGACUAUAUAUUAUAAAUGGCCUGCCAGACCCAAUACAUUUCUUGGUUCUCAAUAUAAUAAGAACUUCACUGAUUUCUUUUAUCCUGAUUGGGUAGGAAUUCCAUAGUAAAUAAAAACACAACACA